UACUCGUCAAAACAUUCCCUCAAAGCCUCGUAUAUUUGAUCAAUGGCAUUCUAAAUAUAAAUACCACGCAUCAUGGGCUGCACUAGCAGCGCUCCAAAUAUGGCUGAUAUACAAACUAAUGCAACAGAAGAAACAAAAGUACAAAAGGACAAUGAAAUUGACAAAAUGAACUCGGAGAACAAUGUUGAUAUAAAGUUUGAAAGAAAAAAUAAUAUUGAAGCGCUUCCUUCGUGUGAUACUUUUACGGAAAAUAUACAAUUAGCUAGUAAUAGUAAUUCUACAGAUACUAACCAUGAUAUGGAAGGAAAAGUAAACGAUUUGGAUGGAAACGCGCCGUUAGAAUUCAAGAUUUAUGACAAUCAAAAUGGCCAGGAAAAUAAAAUUACAUCAUUCAAAGAGGUAGCAGAUAUUGUCAUAGUCAAUGAAAUACUUGAACAUACUCGUAUUAAGGAUAUAAAUGGGCUUCCCAGUAACGAGGAAUGUGUCGAUGAAAAUAUACCGACUGAAUCGGUGGAGGUAGAUGAGCCGUGCAAUCCAGAAAUUGUAACAAGUUCUUUAGAAGAAAUAGAAAUUACGGAAGAAGAUAGCAAACUUAAUGAACACGUAAGUCCAAGUCAGUCGGAAUGUAGUCGAUCAACUCGAUGGGAGGCUUUAGCUGACAUUGCUGCGGAACUACCUCCGUCUCUUGCAGUUGAUCCAGUCACGGGUCAGAUUUAUACUCUUUCUAAAUAAUAGUGAUGGUUAUAACUUAUAACCCCAAGAAAAUAUAUCACAAAGCACACAAAUAGUAAUCCCUAAUCUGUGUCUCCAAAUAAAUUAAUAUUACGAUUAAUAGCUAGUACCUACCUAUUACUAGGUACCUAUACAUCCGUUUAUGUCUGCUG